UGGUUUGUCCAGUUUUAAGUUUUGCAAAACUCUUACGACAUUCAGCUGUUAACUUGUAAUAAAGACAUCAAGCUAUGUGCUAUCAGAACAAGACCGUCGAAGUCUGUGACAGAUGCAGUAGCAGAAGUACACUUGUUACCUAUGGACCUGUCACGCCAUGCGGUCGACGUGGCCGCGGCCCUUUGACGCAGAUUGACGACACCAACACCGAGGAGCCAUGCUAUGGAGUUGAGGUUUAUGAAGAAGAAUCUUCUGUCGAUUUGUGCCAUAACUGCCGUAUCCUGGAGGAGUUGAAGGCUCGGGAGCGGGAACGGCAGCGGGAUAACAAUACUGAAGAUGAAGAGUGGGAAGACGUUUAUAUGCGCUAGUCACUGCACAUUUUGGCAUUCAUAUAUACUUUAACGAUACUGUCCAGAAUCUGGAAAGCUUGAAAGAAUCUUGUAGCUUUGAAUCAUAGUACCUUCUUCCAAUUACUCACCUGCAUCAUGCAUCUCAUCAACAAGGCGAAAUACAAGUGCCC